ACUUCUUUCCAGUGUUCCGUUUCAGGGGAUUGUUUUUGUAAGCGGAACUGACAGGGAUGGAUUUGCAUUUAACAUUUAGUCAUAUUUUAGUACCAGUUUGUCAUUUAGGGUUUUUUUCUUAUGUACAGCUCAUAGUUGUCAAUUAAGCCGACAACUUAUGUUUAUUGUUUUGUCUUAUAACUAGGAAAUUACUCUCAGUAAAACAGCGACAAUGGCAACCGUUAAAAACGUUAAAAGUUGAUCGAUUUGAUGGACAAUUGACAGAAAAGGUUUCCUGGUAACCGUGACCAUGUUACAGACUACUGGCCGCCUGUCCAAAGCGCUACAGCUCACCCUGGCGGUCAUUAAGCCCGAUGCUGUAGCUCAUCCUUUAAUAGCAGAGGCUAUUCACCAGACAAUUCUGGAUAACAACUUCGUAAUUGUCAGAUCCAAAGACUUGGUGUGGAAAAGGCAGGAUUCUGAGAGGUUUUAUGUUGAACAUUCAGAGCGAUUCUUCUAUCAAAGACUUGUAGAAUUCAUGUCAAGUGGUCCUAUGAGAGCCUACAUUUUAGCUCGGGAGGAUGCCAUACGUCACUGGAGGGACCUGAUGGGACCAACCAAAGUCUUUCAAGCCAGAUACACGUCCCCUGCCUGCAUCAGGGCUCGCUUUGGCCUCACAGACACCAGAAACACAACUCAUGGCUCCGAUUCUCCAGAGUCGGCUCAGAGAGAAAUCAGUUUCUUCUUCCCAGAUUUCAAUGUGGAGCAAUGGCUUAAGAAGGAGGAGCCGUUGUUCAGAUCACGACAGAUCCAAUAUGAUCAACAAGAUCAGAUCCACAAACCUUUAACACCAAGCUGACCCUGGAGUAGCUCAGCACUGCUCCACAGCUUAAACUUGAUUGGAUGAGAUGAUGAACUCUGUUUAGAAGCAACACAUAAAGAGUACGCCUGAUUUAUGAAAGUGCCAAAUUGUUAUAAUAAAAAAAAAAGAGGUUGCUAGGAUCA